ACAUGCAGGCAUUUCAAAACUUUUUGUCAUCUAAACCUUAUUCACCAAAUAUAUUUGCUUUAAGUCCCCUUAGAUAUUAAAAUAAAUAUUUCAAUAAUUAAGUAUCCCAUUUGCAUGUCCACGGUUUCUUUGAUGUUGAGUAAUGAUCACAUGGCAUGCAGAACCGUCAGCAGUGAAUACAGCUGCUGAUGCAGGAAGACUCAUGUGUGCCUCUUUCUGCCAACCAAAGAAAGUCUGCAGAGAUCAGAUUACAGGAAGCUCCCUCCCACCACCAAACACACUCUUGACUGACUCAGAGACAGACUCAGAGCUACUCCUCUCACUGAGUAAACACUCGAGUUCUGCUGCAGGAUCCAGGAAAAGGAAUCGAUCUCAGACUGCUGGAAAAGAAGACAUCUCUCAGAUUCAACAAAAUGCCUGGAAACCUCAUAAAAAAUCCUAAUGGAGAUGAGGAUCUGGAACAUUGGGAGCUGAUAGAGAAUGGAGGUGAUCAAUGGCGGACAGAUGACAUUCCGGGGGACUGUGGGCACACUUUCAAUGAAGAAUCAAUUACUAAAUUCUUCUGCACCUCUUUUGAGCAGUGUAUAAAAAGACAAGUGAUUGACCUGCUGGCAGAGGGUUACGACCCUGAAAAUCUAGAUAUUGCACAGCCAACAGUCAAUGUGGAGGACUGGUACUGUGGCCGAACAGACUGUGGAUGUGUUUAUAAUCUCACUGUGUCUCUGCUUGAUGAAAACCAAGAGGUCAUGGAAGAAUUUAAGCCAGAUGACGUGACCCUUGACCCCGACUGUGACGACUGCUCUUGGAAAAAGGUGAGCCACACAUUCACAGAUUAUGGUCCGGGCCUUCGCUUCAUCUCUUUUGAACACGGCGGUCAAGACACCAAGUACUGGCAGGGCUGGUUUGGAGUGAGAGUGACUGGAAGCUCCGUUACAAUAGAUCUUUAAACACCAAUUAGACCAGAUGUAUUUUUUCGCUGCAUGAUUUUAGUUUUGCACAUACUGCACUCGGUGUAAUAGUAACUAAAUAUACAGCUGAAGGUGUACAUGUAAUUCUAGGCCUUAAAAAAAGCAUCUGAUCAGAUCAGAAUUUUGUUUUUUUCUAUUUCUGUUCAACCACUAACUACCUCUAUAUGCCCCUGCAAGCUAUGCAUUGAAUUAGCUUACAUUAACAAUGCACUUCUAAUAAAGUUUCUAUAUGCAAUAGAUCUUCAAGUAGCAUAAUCUCCUAAUGUGUUACGCAAUCCAAAUAGGUCUGUAUCAUGCAUACUUAAAAAUAAAAAGGAGUGACAAAACAUGA